AUGGCGGCAGCAGCAACUCUACGAGAAAUAACAGCCGGGGAUAAAGAAGAAGACGUAUCUGCAUUCCGUAGUCACUGUAGGAAUUUCCUCGUAGAAUCGAUUCUUCAGAUCCAGAAACGAUUUGACCUUGAUGCAGAGAUUCACGAUAUCGUACAGUGUACCUUGCCCCAAAACGCUGCUCCUACGAUCCCACCUUCUCUCGAGGGCAUUUGUCAGAAGUUGACCUAUUUGAGGGAGCUUCAUAACAACGAGAAAAUUGAUCGUGAAUGGCGUGAACACGCAAUGCAUGAUAAAGUUAAUGGUGACCUCAACUGGGAAGAGUACUGGAUCACCGUCCGAGAUGUGAAGAAUCCGACCGGACAACCAAAAUUCCCAAACCUCACCAAAUUUGUUCAGAUCCUAGCGACGUUUCCUUCCUCAAAUGCUGCCGUGGAACAGAUCUUCAGCUCACUUAUACUCGUGUUUUAUUAGAUAUAAAACGCUCGGCUGCGCCUCGCGUUUUAUAUCUGAUAAAACACUCCUACGCGUGCUUUAAAUAGUACAUAGAGGUUGGCUGUAAACUUAUAAUUUAUAAGUUUACAGCAAAAUGGCAUUAAGCGGAAUAACAGUUGUAUGCAUAUUGAUGCUGAAUGUAUUUCUAACCCGGAGUGAAUGGAUUGACAUGAGUCAUGCAUAUCGUGAAAACAUGAACGGUGCAACAGAUCCAUUUGAAAUUUCACUUCUCCAUUAUGGAGCCACAGGCAGAGCACCGUUUGCGAUAACCUAUAAAAUGAGGCUAAACGAGCAUUCCGGGACACAUAUCGACGCACCAGUACACUUUUCAAAAGGAAAACCAACCGUUGAUGAACUAUCGCCUGAAAAUCUGAUUGGUCAUGCAAUUGUGGUCAACAUAACAGAACAAGCAUUAAAAAAUCCCGACUAUGAAGUAUCUGUUGAUGAUUUCACUAACUGGGAGAAGGAACAUGGUGCGAUUCCUAAAGGAACUAUCGUAUUUCUACUCACUGGUUAUGGAAAAUACUGGGGAAACGUGAUAAAGUACAUGGGACUAGUUGGAAAUAUAUCCGGUGACUUUCAUUUUCCAGGUAAUGUUCUUUAAUAAAUUAAGUAAUUGAAUUCAGACAUUUUCUCAGUUGGUUUUUAGUUCGUCCAGAUUAUAUUUUAAAAAACGCCUGUUGUCGGACGUUUUUGUUUCCUUAUGGAAGCCAUUUUCAAAGUCUGUCCGUCAACAAGCUGGUAACAAGCAUGCAGCGCAAACACAUCCUGAUGACAAGUUGUUAAGUUGUAACACUAGCAUUGGUAUAAGUUUGCUGCAAAUUGAACCUUAAUUCAAUUCUGUGAAAGUCACAAGCGCAGAUGCCCUGGGUACGAGUGUGCGUUUUACGUGUGUAUAGCAUGUAUUCUUGAUGGAUCGUUAAUUUUUAAUAUGUUUACUUACCACAAUUCCACAAAUGAUUCAUGUCAUUGACAUUGCUGAACGUCAUUGAUAUGAUCCAGCAAUAGCCAUUAAUCUUCAAUCUAAUAUAUUAAGAACUCGUAAAAACAAAAACACAUGUACAUUGCAUUCAGUUCUGACACUAUUAAAGGCACAGUGCAGCCUUUUGAAUGAUGGUUUUAAGGCGCCUUUCAGCCCUUUUAAUUGAAAAACUAACUAGGAAAAUCAAUUUAGCAUGAUUCAAAAUCAGCAAACUCAAUGUUUUUAACAAUAAAAAUGUUUUAAAAUGUUAACAACAUCAAGUUUGCUGAUCUUGAAUUAUGCUUAAUUGAUUUUCCUAGUUAGUUUUUUCAAUUAAAAGGGCUGAAAUGCGCCUUAAAAACCAUCGUUCAAAAGGCUGAACUGUGCCUUUAAGCAGCUUAUAUAAUACGUGAAUACUGGUCAAUACCUUGUCGGACAAAGAUUUCAUUAAUGACCUUUUGCCUUGCACGGUAGCCGGUAGCAACCUUAAGGCUAAGCCCCAUUUACAUUUGCAAUUUUUGCUGCGUUUCUUGUUCUGAUUGAAUUAGCGAACGACUUUCAAAUAAAUGACGUAUUCUUAAUGAAAUAAUGACGUAAUUUUCUAAACCUUGGUAUCCAAUUUGGAUACAUAAUGUCUCAUAUAUAGGCCAGACUUUUUUUAUUCAUUGGUUUACGGAUCCGUGAAAAUUCAGAAACAAUGAAAAAAAAAUUAGGUACGUAGGUCACAACACUUAGACUCUAAGUAGUAAGUACAUGUACUGCUGACUCGUGUUAUCGUUGGGUACAAUGAAAUUAAUAUAAUAUAACUGGAACGCUACCUCCAAUUGAAGGCCAGUCCCAGUCUUUUCGCGCAUGCAAAGAGCGCUCAAUAUUCAGUCAUCAGAAACGAACAACCAGACAACAGCAGUCCGGGUAGCAAGUUUAAAAAUAUAUAUUAUUAAAUUUGGUUGUCAUCACAACUCAGUGUGUUUCUUUUAAAAAAGUUUCCGCCCUACCGACCUGUUUUUUUAAAGUCAAAUCCAUUGAAACCAAUUAAUACAAAAAUCUGGCUUAAUCCUCUGCUUUAACAAUGUAUUAGUCCGUAUGCAGUAUAUCAAUUUUCAUUGUAAAUAAUGGUAGUUGUUGUUUUCAGGUAUUGGCAAAGACGCUGCCCAGUGGAUUGUUGAUAGUGGUAAAAUCAAAGGUGUUGGUUUGGAUGUUCGUUCUCUUGACCGAGGCCAAAGUAAAGACUUCUUCGCACAUCGAAUAUUAUUGGGUAACGAACUGUUUGGUCUGGAAAAUGUCAAAAAUAUCGAAAAACUUCCAACCAGAGGUGCGAUCGUCUAUGUGUCACCAAUGAAAAUUAAAAAUGGUAGUGGUGGGCCAACUCGUAUUUUUGCUCAAACAGAUCCUGUGGCUAGAAGUUCUCAUCAAACAGCCAGUAUUGUGCUUCUGCUUUCGAUUGUCUUUGCAAUAUUGUUAAAGUAA